AUGAAAUUAUAUUUAGUAACAUUUUUAUUUUUUGUCAUAUAUAAAAAUAAAACUUUUGUUGAUUGUGUGACUAAAAAACAGGAUGUUUAUUUGGAUGAUGAAUUCAAAAGUUUCACGUUUUUUUUUGCUUCUUCCCCAUCGGCUAAUUUUUUGUCCCGGAUUGUCCAUAGCAAUGAAGCGAAAUUUACCCAAAUAAAAAACAAAACAGAUAUAUGGAACAAAACAAUAGACAAAGCAUACUCAAUUAAUCAGGUUUCAAAUAAUAUUAUGAGAGUAUACAUAUCAUUGUUGUCGUUAUUUCUAUUCCCAUAUUUUUCAUACAUAGGAAUUUUUGGUCAUUCAAGAAAUAAAGCUAAUUUAACUUUAUCGUCAUUAUUGGCUUAUUUUGCACUUUUGGUCUCAUUUUUUCUAUUUAACGGAAUUUUAAAUAUUGGGUUUGUUACAUCCUUACCACUAGUAGUAGCAGUUUUGAUUUUUAUAUUGGGGGUUUCUGACUGUGAAAUUAAUUUCUUGUACAAAUAUACCCGUUACAUAUUUUGUUUUAUUAUUUCUAAAUUAAUAUACGAUGUUGUAACAUAUAUAAGUAAAGAUGGAGCAAACAUAUUCGAUUAUGGUUUUAGUGGGCACAUAUAUAUGAAUUUGCUAAGAGGAAAGUAUUACAUUGUUUUAAAACUUAUCCAUUUAAUUAUUCUAAGUUUGAUAUCACUAAUUAUUAUUAAAAUUUGUCCAAAAAUAUUUUCUAACAAUCAUUUGAAAAGCCCGAUAUCAAUAACAUUUGAUAAGUACAUCAUUUCAUUUCUGUGCUCAUUACCUAUUGCUACUGCAAUUAGUCAAGUUUUUUAUUUGCUUAGUAAAACAAUAAAUCCAAUAGAUCCUAGUAUUUUUUUUAUGAUCCCCAGUUCAAUAAAUUUUUCAUCCACAGGAACAAUUUUUUCAUUAUCAAUUUGGAUAUUAAUGUCUUAUCUCAUGACAUUUUUGAGAAAUAAAGUUGAAGCAGAUUUUAAUAAUAUUCUAAAUAAAAUCCCAAAUAAUUUACCUGACUUUAUAUAA